GCGCAGGGCUGGCGGCUGGCGGGCUGCGCGGAUCGGCGGCGGCUGGGGCUGUGCCGGUGCCCGGAGCUGCCUCGGGAUCGGGGUAUUUAAAGCCGCCGGGCUGCAGCAGCCAGACUCGCCCGAGCGAUCAGAGCGCGCAAGGCUGAGAGGCGGGGGCACGCACACGCAUACACACACACACACACACACACACACACACUCACAUUACACACACACACACACGCACACAUUCUCCCUCGCUGGCCGCGGAGGAGGAGUGGCUGCAGCAGCAGCGGCGGGGCGUCAGUAGCGGUGGUGGCUGGGGCGGCGCGGAGCCUCGGGCAGAGGAAGGAGCGGGAGCCUCCGCUGCGCUGAGCCGGGCGGCUCUCCUCGGCAUGCAGCGCCUCGGAGCUGCCGGCGCCCCGCAGCCGGAGAGGGCUGCGGCACAGGCAGAGGCGGCUGCGCCCCGCUCGGGCUGAGGCUGAGGCGGUGCCAGCGGCAGCAGCGUUCCCUGCGCCCGGAUCUGAAGUAGGAGAAGAUAGAGAAAGCAACUUCAGUCUCCCGGGUUUCACAGGAACCGAAUCAGCGAAAUCAUGGCCCCCUACACCCUUCUCCUAGGUUUAUUCACUGUGACUGUACUCUCCCUGCUGGACAGCAGCUCAGCCUUCCUGUCAAGCCAGCGCCUCAAAGGGAGGUUCCAGAGAGACCGGAGGAACAUCCGUCCAAACAUCAUUCUUGUCCUGACAGACGACCAGGAUGUAGAGCUUGGUUCAAUGCAAGUGAUGAACAAGACCCGGAGGAUCAUGGAGCAAGGAGGGGCUCACUUCAUCAAUGCUUUUGUGACCACACCCAUGUGCUGCCCUUCCCGAUCCUCCAUCCUGACAGGAAAAUAUGCCCACAAUCACAACACCUACACCAACAAUGAGAACUGCUCCUCACCUUCCUGGCAGGCCCAGCACGAGAUCCGCACCUUUGCUGUGUACCUCAACAACACCGGCUACCGGACAGCUUUCUUUGGAAAGUACCUCAAUGAAUACAACGGUUCCUAUGUGCCACCUGGCUGGAAGGAAUGGGUUGGACUCCUUAAAAACUCGCGAUUUUAUAACUACACACUCUGUAGAAAUGGGGUGAAGGAGAAGCACGGAUUUGACUACUCAAAGGAUUACCUCACGGAUCUGAUCACCAAUGAUAGCGUGAGCUUCUUUCGGACCUCCAAGAAGAUGUACCCACACAGGCCGGUCCUGAUGGUCAUCAGCCACGCUGCUCCCCAUGGCCCUGAGGACUCAGCCCCCCAGUACUCUCAGCUCUUCCCCAACGCCUCGCAGCACAUCACUCCAAGCUAUAAUUACGCACCUAACCCCGACAAGCACUGGAUCAUGAGGUACACGGGACCAAUGAAGCCCAUCCACAUGGAGUUUACCAACAUGCUGCAGAGGAAGCGCCUGCAGACCCUCAUGUCUGUGGAUGACUCGAUGGAGACGAUUUACAACAUGCUGGUCGAGACAGGCGAGCUGGACAACACCUACAUUGUUUACACUGCAGACCACGGCUACCACAUUGGCCAGUUUGGUCUGGUGAAAGGGAAAUCCAUGCCCUAUGAGUUCGACAUCCGAGUCCCUUUCUACAUACGAGGCCCCAAUGUGGAAGCAGGAUCCUUAAAUCCCCAUAUUGUCCUGAACAUUGACCUGGCACCAACUAUCCUGGACAUUGCAGGCCUGGACAUCCCCCCCGACAUGGACGGCAAGUCUAUUCUCAAACUUCUGGAUACUGAGAGGCCUGUCAAUAGGUUUCACUUGAAAAAGAAGAUGAAGGUCUGGAGGGACUCAUUCCUGGUGGAGAGAGGAAAACUGCUUCAUAAAAGAGAGAAUGAGAAGGUAGAUGCCCAAGAGGAAAACUUCUUGCCCAAACACCAGCGAGUGAAGGAUCUGUGCCAGCGAGCAGAGUACCAGACAGCUUGUGAGCAGCUGGGACAGAAGUGGCAGUGUGUGGAAGAUGCCUCUGGGAAGCUCAAGCUUCACAAAUGCAAAGGACCUCUGAGGCUGGGAGCCAAUGGUGGCAGCGGCACCAAAGGCUUCUCUAACCUCGUGCCCAAAUACUACAAGGGCAGCACCGAGGGCUGCACCUGUGAGGACAACGAAUACAAGCUCAGCCCCAUUGGGAGGAGGAAAAAACUCUUCUCCAAGAAAAAAUACAAGGCCAGCUAUAUCCGGAACCGCUCCAUCCGUUCCGUGUCUAUCGAGUUGGAUGGGGAGCUUUACAGCAUGGGACUCCAGCCUCGGAACAUCACCAAGCGGCACAGGCUGGGGACUGGAGGGGCCCCUGAGGACCAGGAGGACCAAGAUGGUGGCAGCGAGUUCAGCGGCACUGGGGACCUUCAGGAGUACAUGGCCCCCAACCUCAUCAAAGUAACCCACAGGUGCUACAUCCUGGAAAAUGACACCGUCCAAUGUGACCUAGACCUGUACAAGUCACUGCAGGCCUGGAAAGACCACAAGCUCCACAUUGACCAUGAGAUUGAAACACUCCAAAACAAGAUUAAGAAUCUUCGAGAAGUCCGAGGUCAUCUGAAGAAGAAGAGACCUGAGGAAUGUGACUGCAAUAAGAUGAGCUACCAGGCUAAACACAAGGGCAGAGUCAAGCACAAAAGCUCCAUGCUGCAUCCUUUCAAGAAGGCCAUGCAGGAGAAAGACAAGGUGUGGCUGCUGAGAGAACAGAAAAGGAAGAAGAAACUCCGAAAGCUGCUGAAGAGGCUGAAGAACAAUGACACCUGCAGCAUGCCUGGCCUCACCUGCUUCACCCACGACAACCAGCACUGGCAGACAGCUCCGCUGUGGACGCUGGGGCCUUUCUGUGCCUGCACCAGUGCCAACAACAACACAUACUGGUGCAUGAGGACAAUCAACGAGACACACAACUUCCUGUUCUGUGAAUUUGCUACAGGCUUCCUGGAAUAUUUUGAUCUCAACACUGAUCCCUACCAGCUGAUUAAUGCAGUGAAUACACUGGAUCGAGAUAUUCUCAAUCAAUUGCAUGUACAGCUUAUGGAACUCCGAAGCUGCAAGGGGUACAAACAGUGCAAUCCCAGGACUCGAAACAUGGACCUUGGACUUAAAGAUGGAGGAAGCUAUGAGCAAUACAGGCAGUUUCAGCGUCGAAAAUGGCCCGACAUGAAGAGACCUUCUAAGUCACUAGGACAACUAUGGGAAGGAUGGGAGGGCUAAGCUCCAAAAGCUGGUUCUCAAAGAAGAAAGAUGUCCACUGGCUAGAAAGCCAAACUUUUUACAGAUACUGUGUAUGAUUUCAGUAAGACUUCCACUGUUGUACUGGAGAAACUUUGGGGCUGAGGUAGGUAGAAUAUGCCACUGUAAACAUGCUAUAAAGAGAUCUAGUGGAUUCUAGAUGACAUCCAGAAAAAACAAGGAUCCUUUUAGAACUCCACUGGCACACCUGCUUUUGCUUUGGACUAUAUACCUCACCAGCUGCACAAAAAGCAUUUUUAUUCCAAGAAGUCACCACUAACACUGAGUCGCUAAAGGAAAAAAGGACCUAGAAGUGUCAUACGGUAUCCAACAUUGGAAACUCCCCCAAGGGCAAAAUCCACAACAAUUUUUUAAACUACAGUGAAACUCCAUUUCAAACACCCUUACUUCAUAAAGCAUAUUAACAGUCAGAGAAAGAAGGUUCUACCAAGUCGAGUGAAACAGGAACACUGCACUUAGAAAAAUUGACUUUUUUUUUCCUUUUUGCUUAAAAUCAAAGUAAGCACUAAGUAGAAGACAACCAGUAUAAAGAUGUCACAAGAGACUCAAGCACUGGGACAGAAGUGGACACACAUUCACCGUGUUUCUUGUUUCCUCUGAGGAAACUGUUUUAGCUCACUGUAUAUAUGUAUGGCCAACCUAUUACAUAUCAAUUACCAAUUUUAAGAUGGGCAGUGUAAAUAAAUAUUCAAUAACACUCAAGUCAAAAGGAAAUUCCUUCAAGUUGUGAAGAUUUUUGUCAAUAAAUUGUGGAAUGCCCAGAUACCGUUUCUUUAAAUGUUGCCUUGUUACCACAUAAUUCCAGGAUUGACCAUUUUUAAAGCACUACAAAGAACAUGCAGUUAAUGUAUGUCCUGAAUUUUAAUGAAAUCCUAUUUGUACAGAAACA